GGGCAGCAUGGCUUCCCAGGAUGUUAUAGCCGCAGGAGGUGGUGGUGAUGAUGGUGAUGUUUGUGAUGAAGGGGGUGGAGAAGCAGGCGAUGGAGGUGAUGGAGGGGGGUGGAGGCGACUGGACGCGAUGCCCGGAGACCCGCUCCUUCUCGUGCUCGGGAUGCUGGACUACACGGAUCUGCUGCGCUGCGGCAUGGUGUGCAGGCGGCUGCGGCAACUGGUGGAACACGACGCACUGUGGAAGGCGCAGUGUCGCCGCUACUGGCUCGUGCGACGGCUCCCCGCGGGCGUGGCGUCGUGGAGGGAGUGCUUCCGCGAGAUGUUCCGUGACUUGGGCCGCUACGUCGGCUGCUACGCCGAGAUUAAGGGGGCCUGGAAUGACCUGGAGAAAUUCCUCGGCGAGAACUGCCCGGCGCUCCUCGGCAACGUGAGAGAUGGGAUUUUGGAGAGCGUGCUGGAUUCGCUGGAGGCUCAGGUCGGCAUCCAGUUCCCGAACGACUUCCGCUGCUCGCUGCGCAUCCACGACGGGGAGAAAUUUUUGGGACACGGGCUGAUGGGCAGCAUGAAGAUCUCGAACCACCACCGCUCGGAGCACCUCCUGGACGUGGAGACGGCCGUGAUGGGCUACACGACGCGCCGCAGCCUCAAGGGCUGCCUGCCGCUCACCUUCUGCACGCGCACCGCCCUCAGCCAGUACCUGGACAUGUCGGACCACGGGGGUCUCCACAAGAACGAGGUCUUCUACCCGUCCGCAGUGCGGGAUCAGACGGACUAUGGAGUCUUUGAUCUCUUCUUGAUGGGAUCUUCGUUCACCGACUGGUUCACCUCGUACGUGAACAACGUCGUCACUGGCCAGUACCCCAUCCUGAACAACGAGAUCUACAAGUACACGUGUGACAAGGACUGUGUCGCACACACCGGUGACAUCACCGUCUCCGUGGUAACCUCCUUCCUCCCAGAAUUCAGUUCGGUGAAUCCUCCUCACUACUUCUUCACCUACAGAAUAAGGAUUGAGAUGGCCAAGGACGCCCUUCCGGAGAACGCGUGCAAGCUCAUCCGCCGCUUCUGGAUCAUCACGGAUGCCAACGGCAGCAAGGAGGAGGUAGAAGGUCCUGGUGUUGUCGGCGAGUUUCCGACGCUUGCGGCCGGGCAGCCGGCACGAGUACACGAGCUGCACCACGUUCACGACGAGCUCGGGCGACAUGGAGGGCUACUACACCUUCCACCAGCUCGGCAACCCCGAGGCCGUGUUCACCGCCACCGUGCCACGCUUCCACAUGGUGUGCCCGCCGCUGCGCCUGGCGCAGGACGGACAGCUGAAGGAGUAACUGUCGGAGGAGGAGGAGCAAGAGGAGUCGAUGACCCCAUCGCUGACCUCGACAUCAUCGUUGCGAGGACACCGCAGCCAUCGAGCAAGGGACGGGGGGGGGGGGGUGCGGACGACGAUCGGGCCGCGGUGUUUUGCCGCACGCCGAUGACAAGCAACGCGCGCGGGUGCUCGAGUCGCCGAUACCUACGCAGCGCCCCGCGUUUCACAGUGAGCCGCCAGCCAACGGCGACAACCGGAGAUGGCCUUGCGGUUUAUUUUCGGGAGUUUUUCUUUCUUUAUCUACUUUUCCCUGUUGGUGCUGCCUUGCCGCGUCUGCGGAGGUCUUUGCGGCACAAGGCUCGGGGUGCGUGCUUUGGGAAAAGGCCGUUUGUCUCGCCGGCCCAAUUGUAACGGCGCAGCGGCGAUCGCUGCUUGCGUCAUCUUUUUUUUUGUAACUUUCUCAUGUGGAUAGCGCGGUUUUCGUUGUUUUUUUUGUUCGCAGGUAUCGUUCCCUUGUCAGUACCAGCGCAGCCCACGUAAAUUUAGCGGUUCUAAUUUCUUUCCGUGGCCCAUUGAUAGUGAUCGAUGGCAAUAGCCAUCUGAAAUGAGUGUCCUCUCAAUUAAUUCGUUCCGAUUAGCCGUGUAAAUAUAUUGGUACGACGAAGGUCUUUGUCCGCCUUAGUUGGUACCGAAUUCUGCUCUGGCUCAUGGGCUGUGUCGCUCGUCAACGUGUGUCUGUUUGACGACUUUAAAUGUGGAACGCGCUCCAAAUUAGCCGCUUACGAAUUUGCAAUCCGAGGCCAACCUUCCUUUGCGUAAUUUGAUUGAGAAAUGAUUGCGUGUUCAAAGUGGCUGCGACUGGUAGAACGGUGAAGCAUUAAUUCUCGUUGCGAGCAAAAGAAAAAAAGGCAAUUAGAUUAACAGGUUUAGCGUAACUACUUGCCGCUAACGGUGAAGAUUUACACUUUGAUAUUGUAUUGUAACGGCGGUGGAAAAUACUAAUACGCUUUCCAACCUCUGCAAUGUAUCUUGACAGCGCGUGGAGUAAUAUCGCCGUGGUUAUUUUAAUUAACGGAACGAGAAUGUUCAAAGGUUUCAAAGCCACGGAAUAAAAUUGCGCGUCAGCUGUUUG